AAAAAUACUAAAGUUGGGAGGAAACAUGCUUAGGGGAAAGAUACCAGAAAAUUUGUGUUUCCUUUCUAAUCUCCAUGCUCUAGAUCUAGGGCAGAAUAAUUUGUCAAGGCUGAUUCCUUCAUGUCUAGGCAAUUUAAGCAGCUUGCAUCAGAUGAAAAUUAAUUCUUUUAUGGGAUACAGUUAUGGUCAAUAUAGGGAUGAUAUGGAAUUUAAUGUAAAAGGGCAAACACUUGAAUUCAUUCAGAGACUUGAUCUUGUAAAUUUGAUAGAUUUGGCAAGUAAUAAUCUUGAAGGAGUGAUUCCAGAGGGGAUAAUGAAGCUUUCUGCCUUGGGCCCGAUUCCAGCAAACAUGGUGUCUAUGACAUCGUUAAGCCAUUUGAACUUGUCUCAUAAUGAUCUGUUUGGACCAAUCCCAUCGGCAAACCAGUUCCUAACCUUCAAUGAUCCCUCCAUUUAUGAAGGAAACCCAAAACUUUGUGGAGCCCCAUUGCCGACCAACUGUUCAACACACAAAAAUGAUGCUCCAGAGGGCAAUACUGGCAAGAACAAAGAUGAAAUUGGGUCUGAGAAGAUGUGGUUCUACACAGGAGUGGCGUUCAGAUUUGUGGUGGGAUUUUGGGUUGUCUGUGGAACUUUGGUGAUCAAGAGGUCUUGGAGACAUGCUUACUUUUGCUUCAUGGAAGAAAUGAAGGAUAGGAUCUAUGUUUUCGUUGUAGUGAAGGCAGCUCGUUUGCAGAAGAAGCUGAAGGGCGAAACAAGCUCAGACCAUGGUGAAUGUACUUAUCUUCCACAUCGUCUUAUGCAUUCAUAAUACACGUAUAACCCAAUUUAAUUAUAAGCUUUCUGUUUGUUCUUUCAGGUAAUAAUUAAGUUUAUGCAUUGGGAGGAUUAUUAGUUCUACAUCAUAAAUGCUGUCUGUUCAGCGAUGUAGUUUUCUGCAUUGAAGGGUUUGAAUUAUGAAGACAAAUCACUGAUUUGGUGGAAGUUUACUGUGUGUUGCCAAUAAUAAUAGGUCGAUAUCAAUUUAUUACUUCUGUUGUCAAGGAAUGUCAGUAUUUUCAGUCAGUUGUUGUGUGCUUUCGAGAAGUAAUGGUGUGACUCUUGUCUUGUUUAUGUCAUAUUUUGAACCGCUGAAAUUGAUAUUCUGUGUGGUUGUGAAGCUACCUUUAUGCUUAUAACCUAAAUUUUAUUGAUGCAAUUUCUAAAGAAAUUAUGAAAAGUUUUUAAUCAUAAAUUUACAGUCUUUUUUAUUUUCUGUAACUGCACAACUACAUUAUGUUAAUCACUUUCAUCUCUAUGUACUGCAAAUUAUAUGAAGAGAUUUCAUUUUCUACCUCUGUAAAGGGUAUAUAUAAUUUAUCAGAUUCUCCUUUGAAAUCAAUCAGCUCCUACACCCUUUCACACAUUAUGUUCUGAAUAGAAAGUAAAGUUUGCA